UUUUCCGUUUUUGCAUUCCGAGCACUGCACCAGGUGUACGGUACGGUAGCUCCUGGCAACCGGUAAAUAAAAACAUCAACAUUGUAUUCAGGGACUGGAGAUUGCUCAUAGGUGGACGUGUUUUUCUUUUCGUGAUGGAAAAGUUAAAAUUUUCUGUGGAACCUUGGAUUUUUGAGGAAUAUUCAAUCUGAAAAGGGAUUUUUGUGAUAGAUUUGUUUGGAAUGGGCAACGAUCAACAGCAAAAUGGGAAGCGACGACCCGUCAGCGCUUCGCCGUACGCCGAGAACUACAAGGUUCCGAUGGACAUGUGCCAGCGGCACCUGAUCAACCAUCGGUUGAUGGUGUCCAAGCUGACACGUCGCGAGCUGGAGGACAAAUACAUUAACCUGUGCGACGAGAACUUCACCAUGAAAAAGCGCGCCCAGGAGCAGGACGAGCAGAUCAAAAAGCUGAAGGUCAAGCUGGUGCGGGUGUCCAGCGAGAGCGGCCGGUCCAAGUCGCGGACGGAUUUGACGGGACAGCAAAGCAAACUGCAAGAUCUGGAAGCACAAAGGCGCGAGCUCCGCGAAAAACUGGAAGCUCUGAGGAAGAACCAGAAGAAGGAAUCUCGCGAAAAGCGAGAAACCUACACAAAGGUUCGUUCUCAGAGUGCGCGAAGGCUUAAGGAGAGCACCACGACCAGGUCUUCACCGUCAACUUCCAAUGAGGAUGACGAAGUUGGAUACGACGAAGAUCGGGACCAGGUGUCCUCAUCGGAGGAGGACCAGGAGCAGGAUGAGUCCAACUCGAGCAAGGGUGAGCCUUCCAAGCCGGCGAAACCGUGCUCCGGCUGUCAAUCGCUGCAGGCGGAAAAGUUGGCCAACGAGUCCGAGUUUGUAAAGAUGAAAUUGAGCAUCAAAUUUAUGCACAAGGAAAUUCAAAACGAAAAGGAAAAGAAUGCACUGCUCGCAAGACAGCUAGAGGAGAAGCUAUCGUACGAAAUUAUGAAGCGCAAUGCCGCCGAAAACGUAGAGGUGAUUAAUUUGACGCGCCAGGUUGAGGACAUGAACAGGCAGAUUCAGCGCCGACAGGAGGAGGAAAAACGCGCCAUGGACGGUGAGCUGGCUAAGCAAGGUGAACUCGAAGGUCAAGUAAGAAAGGAAAAGGAUCGAAAUGUUCACCUGUUCGAGGAAUGUGAACGACUCAAGAAGAACAUCGAAAAGCUCAGGGAGAACAUGUCGGAAGUUGAGAUCGAGCGUGACUUCCUCAAGCGACAGCAGGAAAAUUUCACCAAGAUCGUCGACGAGAACAAGCUGCUGCGGUACCAGCUGGAAGAGUUGCGCAAGCAGAACGAAGAGCUGGCGCGGCAGAUCGAGGCCCUGAGGGAGGAGGAAGCCGUCACCAGGAGCGCCCAGAAGGAGCUGCUGGAGAAGUUGAAGACGCUGCAGCAGGACAAUGACACGCUGUCGGUGCUGCUGGAGGGGUUGCGCACCGAGAAUGAAACGCUGGCCGAGGAGAAGACGGUGCUGGAGCAUAACUUGCGGAGCUUGGAUGCCUCCCCUGCGAAAGAUGGCCGCGCAACGACGACCCUAGAAACCACGAGUCCGUCGCGAAGACCUACUGAGGAAACCAACACCUUGCAGCUGAUGGGCACGAAGCACGUCCGGAUCAGUCAAAUCCGACGGUUACCGCGAGUUUCCAUGCUACAGCAAAAUAUCACAUCAAGCCCCAGGACGAGCAAUUUAGCGCUGCUUCUGUCCAACACUUACGCUCAAAAUUUGGCGGUAAGUUCAGCUCAGUUUCACAGGGACUCCAUCAUAUCGUCAGUCCCAACGACCCCGGAAAAGAGACGCAUUUCGUUCCAGGCUGACGAAUCAAUCCCGCUGGACAACCCAUCAAGUGAAGCAAGAACUACAGAGUCAUCUUCGCCAAACACGACCGACGUGCACCAAAACUACGCGGAAUAUUUUGGACUCAAGCCAGACGUGCAGCCGCCGCGCAUGUCGAUGAUGCCCAAGCCACCACCCUCGGCGGUCCUUCCGGAGCAGCGGCUGGCCGUCGUGAUUCGCAUGGUGCGCUGGCGGGACGCCACGCUAGCCGACCUGUUUGCCCAAAAGGUGCAGCAUUUCUACGUGGAGUUUAGCUUCCUCAACGAGAAGGGUCACCUGCUGGAGACGCAAAAUUCGGCCGACCUGCUGGCGGCCGGAAUCAACCGGAAGCCACCGCUGGAGUAUCGGUUCGAUUACCGCAUCGAGUUCGUGCUGGACGGGCCACGGAGGCAGAUGCUGAGGGAUAUGCUGCGGCCAGGUGGACGCGACAUGGUUCGGUUUGUGGUGGUCCACGAGCAGGUUGAAAUACGGAGGUGCACGGAGAUAGGAUACGCAUCUAUUAGACUACGACAGGAAGUACUUCCACCCGAGGCAGACGAUCCAAGGAUGAUUGAUACUCCGAUUUAUGAUAUUUUGGCCCCGGAUAAGGAAAUUGGAGUGCUUGGUGUCACACUGGAGGGUAUUGCAAUGCUUAAAGAGAGUUAUGGUAGCUAAUGGGUAUUAUAUCUGAAGCAAAA